AUGCUCUUCACAUCAAUUCUACUACCUGGUCUCCUCGCCAGCAGUGUCCACGCUCUACCACAAACAACAACGCCGUCCUCCUCAAUUGCACCACAAGCAUACCCUCAAAAAUGUACAUCUCCCGAAUUACGAAAAGAAUGGCGACAACUCAACGCCAAAGAACGAAAAGCCUACACCGACGCAGUCCUCUGCUUGAAAACAAAACCCUCUCGCAUUGGAUUGAUCCACUUCGUCGCCUCCUUCCUCCCCUGGCAUCGCUACUUCCUCUCCCUCUACGAAACCGCCCUCCGACAACAAUGCUCCUACGAAGGUCUCGUACCCUACUGGGACUGGACCCUCGACAGCCCCCACAACGUCUCCCAAUCCCCAAUUUGGUCCUCGAAAACCGGUCUAGGCGGCAACGGGAAUCCUCUCAAACCCGUCACCCUCAGCGACGGUUUCACGCGAAAUUGCAUCACAGACGGCCCAUUCCACAAUCUCAAAGUCUCGUAUUUUGGCCCUGGCUUAGAGGAACAUUGUCUGACUCGAAAUUUCAACGACGGGACAGAGCAGAUUGGGGAUAUGUUGGCUUCUGCUUACAAGCCGGAUGUUGUGAAUGAGAUUCAGAAUUCGAAGGAUUAUGAUUCGUAUCGGAGGACGUUGGAGUCUGGACCUCAUGGGGCGAUUCAUUCUGCUGUUGGAGGGGAUCUUGGUCCAGCGACGUCGCCGAAUGAUCCGAUUUUCUUCUUGCAUCAUGCGCAGAUUGAUCGGUUGUGGUGGUUGUGGCAGCAGAAGGAUCCGAAGAAGAGGAAUAUUGAGUUUGGAGGGAAUAAGAUGCAGGAAGAUGGUGGCGCGGAGGGAUCGUCUCCGAGAGCGGAGUUGAGUGACGUUCUGAGUGUAAGAGGUUUGGGUGGGGAUGUGAAGGUGAGUGACUUCAUGACGACGCAGAAUGAGAGGCUGUGUUAUAGGUAUUGA